CUCAUUCGCUGACUCUCGAAUUCACAAUCGAAAGCUUUUCUGAAAUCCCGUCAACUCAAGGACGGGAGGGGAGGGAGCAGGCCUGCGAGUGUGACUGACGAGCGACGGACGGUAGGAAGGGAAGCGCAUUGGCAACGGUGGCCGCAUUCGAAAGGCCGUCGGCGGCGAUUUCACUUUCCUCCGGAAUCACUCAUUUGUUCCGCAUUUUGACGCCGACCCAUUUUAUUCCCUUUCAAUCUCACUCAAACCCUACCCACCAUUUUCCUUUCCCUUUGUCUUCCACGUUUUAGGGUUCUCUCCUUUCCUUCUCACUUUCUCCUCACCAGUAGCUGCAGCAAUGGCACAUCUCCACCCCAAAUCGGACAUUUCCUUCGUCGAGAUUUUCUUGUGCAGCGCGUUUGCUGCUUGUUUUGCCGAGUUCUGUACAAUUCCAUUAGAUACUGCUAAAGUGAGGCUCCAGCUGCAGCGUCAGACUGCUCCUGCUGGGGAUGGAGGAACAAGUGUACCUAAAUACACAGGUCUGUUGGGCACCAUGGUUACGAUUGCACAGGAAGAAGGUUUAUCAGCACUCUGGAAAGGGGUUACUGCCGGACUGCAUCGGCAGUUUAUCUAUGGAGGCUUAAGGAUUGGAUUAUAUGGACCCGUGAAAUUUUUUCUGACUGGCACUAGUGGAGUUAUCCCCCUAUACCAGAAAAUACUUGCAGCUUUGAUAACAGGGGCAGUAGCUAUUAUUGUAGCCAAUCCCACAGAUCUCGUGAAAGUCAGGCUUCAAGCUGAAGGGAAACUACCACCUGGUGUACCUAAGAGGUAUGAUGGAGCAUUGGAUGCUUAUCGUACUAUAGUGAAGCAGGAGGGACUAACUGCCCUGUGGACUGGACUGGGGCCGAACAUAGCAAGAAAUGCCAUCAUAAAUGCUGCUGAGCUUGCCAGUUAUGAUGAAGUGAAGCAGACAAUUUUGCGAAUUCCAGGGAUCAGGGACGGUGUUCUUACUCAUAUUCUAGCUGGCCUAGGUGCUGGUUUCUUUGCUGUGAGCAUAGGUUCACCCAUUGAUGUGGUGAAAUCGAGAAUGAUGGGAGACUCUUCGUACAAUAGUACUGUAGAUUGUUUCAUCAAGACCAUUCAGAAUGAGGGGAUUUUUGCCUUGUACAAAGGGUUCUUUCCCAAUUUUGGCCGGCUAGGAUCUUGGAAUGUUAUAAUGUUCUUGACGCUGGAGCAAGUGAAGAAAAUAUUCAUCAGGGAAGUAUAUUACGAUUGAGCAUGACAAGGUGGUAAGUCUUUGGCAAUUAUGGAAGAAGUCGUUACUACUUCUUUGCCAGUAGAUUAAAGGUUCAAAUUAUUGAUAUCAGCUCCUUUUGAUGGGAGCGAAAUAACACAUCCUACAGGCGAGAGAUGACACCGCUGUCGCUGCAGAGUAGGUGUUGUAGUACAUUUGUUUACCUCUGUAUCAUUUAGGUAUUGUGCUCUCAUUUCUACCAAAUUCAAUCCGAUUGUUCCAUUCAGAAUCUUGCAUGUAAAACAAACCAGGACCCAGGUCCUAUUUGGAUAUGGAUACCCGAAAAACGACGUGGCAAUUGUAGUCUUGAUCAUAUCCUUCCACGCUACAAUCAGCAACAUCAAAU